AUGGCGGCCGUGGGCAUCGCGCUCAACGGGCGGAAGAGGCCCGCGGGGCGUCUGCAGGCCCGGGAGGCGGCCCGGGAGGCCAAGAGGAAGAGGAGGAGAGCGGCGGGCGGAGGCCCCGAGGAAAAGUCAUCUCGCCUGUCAGCAGCUUUAUUUGGCGAGGACUGCGAAAUCAGCCGUGACCAGCUGUAUGAGUUAUUAAAAUAUGCGGCUUUGGGAAAAUGCCACAAUGCAACACAACCCAGUUGGUGCCGUAUUUAUCACCAAAGCCACCUGGCUGGGGUUGUGGUUAUUGUUCUACAUGAAAUGAGCCAACUCCAUUUCUACAAAUUCUAUUUGCAGUUCAAACACCUCAGGAAAGUCUUCCGGCAUAGAUUCAUAUUAACACCUUCCACCAACUUCCUAGCCAGCCUGUGUGGAGAAGGAGGAAACCUGAAAGCUCAGAACACUGCAAAAGGUUUGACCUCCACGGGCAGUGAUUGUAUUCCUAAAAGCUCAGACUUGCAACAUGAUCCCAUCAUUCGGAAAUACGGAGGAAAAAAACAAGGCCUUACUAGCUAUACUCUAACUUUAGAAGAGCAGAAAAAAAAUGACUAUCCCGUAAAAGACUCCCCUGGGUGUAAGGGCUAUGUGUAUACAGAGUGUGAUCAGCCGAGGACGGACAGCAGCCCCCUCUUCGGCCUGGAUUGUGAAAUGUGCCUCACUGCAAAAGGGAAUGAAGUCACUCGUGUCUCUUUGGUGGAUGCGCAGGGUCAAUGCCUUUUGAAUGAACUAGUGAAACCUGAAAGCACAGUAUUGAACUACCGCACCAGGUUCUCAGGAAUCACAAAGAAAAUGCUGCUUCCAGUGAAAACAAGACUGCCAGAAAUCCAAACCAGACUAAAAAAGAUGCUUCCCCGUGAUGCAGUAUUGGUGGGUCAUUCCCUAAACGGUGAUCUUCAGGCUUUGGAAAUGAUCCACCCCAGUGUUAUUGAUACUUCACUGCUUUUUGCCAGAAAUGAAGGUCGACGAUUUAAGCUAAAAUUUCUAGCCAAAGCUGUUCUAGGGAAGGAAAUUCAGAGUGAAGAGAAGCUUGGGCAUGAUCCUGCAGAAGAUGCUAGAGCUGCAUUGGAAUUGGCUCAGUUCUUUAUUGAGCAAGGACCAGCAAAGGUAGCAGAACUAAACUUGGAGAUGCUUCUGACAACUGAAAAACUGGCUGAGGUCUCACAGAACAAAGCUGCGUUACAGCCACAGGGAUGUAGCAUCCAGAAACAGUUGAAUGAGCCUCCACAUUUACCUAAACCAUGUUUUUUAGACUGCUUGCAGGUGACUGGCCAAAAACCCCUCCUUUUGGGCAGACAGGAACUGGAUUCUUCUGAUCUGCAUCAGAGUAACAUGAGCACUCCAAACAAACAGAUACUUGAGAGAGCCUUAGAAGAUGUUCCUCUGUCCACAUUCAGUAUCGUUCAGUUCAGUUUGGGUCCAGAGUAUGUUGCAUCUCACCUUCUUGCUGGACUUUGUGAAAAGGUGAGAAGCAAGCUGACUGACAUGCUGACAAUUUACGCAGGUCCUUUUGAAGAAAGCUUUUGCCUGAAGUCUGUGAAAAAAGAAUUUGGGAGGUGUGGACCAAUCCAAUGUGUUACAGUGGUGACUGAAACAAACCAGCCCUAUGUCUGCGUCCAAUACGAGGUGCUGGAAGCUGCCCAGCUUGCUGUGGAAAGCCUAAAUGGAGCUGAGGUAGCAGGAUCCUGCAUUAAGGUGCAGAGACCGGUCACUGCGGCAAUGCUGGACUGUGAUGUUUUGAUAAAGGAACUAGAACUGGAUGUAGAAAACGAAGGCGUGAUUUAUGUGGCGGGUCUAAAGAAGUCAUUAACAGAGACAGACUUGCAAGAAGAAUUCAGCCAGUUGAAAGACCUGGAAACACUGUUCCUGCCAAAGGAUCUCCAGACUGGAAAGCACAGGAACUGCUGUUUCCUCAAAUUCCAGAAAUCACAGAGUGCUGUGGAUGCCCUUGAAGUUAUAAACGGAUGGACUGUGAAGGGUAGCAAACUAAGUAGUAGGAAUGCUCUUGCUUCGGGUCACCUCUGGAGAUGGAUUUGGCAAAUGAAUCACAGCAAUGGGAAGCAACGAGGAAACAGCUUGUAUGAGAAAAUGGAGCAACUGUCUGAUCGUGAGCAGGAUCUAAGGAAAGAGGUGAAGAAGCUAGACCAACAUAUCAAAAAGAUUUACAGAAGGCUGCAGAAUAACACCCUGUGUGUUGUUCUCUUUCCUGGAGUGAACAGCAUGUGUGGAUCACAAUCUGGCCUUGGUCUGAUGGGAAUAAAAGAUGACGGAGGGAGGAACGCUUGUUAAACUGCCAAGCUUUUAAGCAAAGUCUUUUGUUAAGAUAUUUUUUUACUUUAAAUAUUGAUGUCUUUGUAAAGAUCUUUUACCAUAAGAACAAUAGGCUUUCACUCUGUAUCUUUUACAAGUCUAAAAAUAAAAGCUAUUUAAAACAUCUGAAAGUGCAAAACCUUUUCCAUUAACCCCUCUUGCUGUGGCAGUUUUCCCUGGCGGUGGCUGAGUUCGGCAAGUACUUAGGAAGAGCUGAAGGCAAACCAGGGAGUGGUGCAUAAAAACCAGUCUGUGAGCCUGCGAGAGGCCGCGCAGCCAGUCGCUCAUUGUGGAGACGGCUCAGCGGUUAACAGCUCUUCUCAGGAAUUGUGUGGAUUUCUGGAAAUGUGCUGUGCCAGCUCUGAAGCAGAGUUGCUGCCUCCUUUCUGGGAAAAUACUGUUCUUAGUCCAUGGAAAGGAGGAAUUGGUGAUUCAUACUUCCUGGACAAUCUCCACUUUCUCCUCCCUCUCUGACCACCCCCCACACCCCUCACACGUAAAAAAAAAGAAGAAAAAAGAGAAAUUGCAGUGUGGCUGUGGGAGGGGCAAAGGCCAUUUUAAGGAAAGCACACGUCUGUGCUAACCUCACACAUCACCGCUUUUGGCCGGGAGCUGGGAGCGCAGAAUUGCAGUCGGAUUCAGUGCACUACGAGCCGUAGGGUGAGGCGCUUUGCAACCUGCCACCUCGAGGCCUGUGCUUUGCAGCCACUGCCACCUGCCAUAAAGGCUGCCUGGCCAUCCUCCCGCCAGCUCUGGAUUUCCAAGCACGAGGAUGCCUACGAGAGCUUUCAGCACGGACACAAAAAAAACAAAAAUUAGAAAGGAAAUGUUUGUUACAAGGUCCGAAUGCGAGAUGAAGGAUUUCUUGAUAUGAAUUAGGCUGAAAUAAAGUUGAAAUACUUAUUAUUCCAGAAAUCAUUAAAUACAGCUGAUUGAUAGAAUAUUUAAGGCCUCCUACUGCCCGAGUUCGCUACGCUGGGCUCUUGAGUGAAGACCAGACUAUGGAGUAGACGUUGGGAGUUGCUGUGUGGAGGAACAGGGAAAAAUAAAGGCAGGGGUGAGAAAGGCAAAUGCAGCGCGAGCCCCGAGGCAGCACUGGUGGGUGGGUGGUAGAUGCUCACAUCGGUGUUGCUCACACCUAAAUUUAAAGCCUCUAAAACUCCUGAAAUUAAAUAUACGAGUAAGCAAGAUGAAUGCAGCCAUUGUUUUUUUUCUUUUAAAAAGUUCCUUUGUGCACGCCAAGUGCGCCCGGCGUCCUUGGGCUGUAGCUACUGCAAACUAGACUACGCACCAGCAUCGGUGCCGCUACAAACUGUGGCAGAGUCAGUGCUUCGGCCCAGCAGGGAGCCGGGGGUCAGGAAGCGCAGUGGAAGAGAGGGGGAAUGACACCAAAGCGCUCGUUCCGCUGCACGGAUACACUCUCUUUAAGACCACUCACAUCCAGCAUCUCUGCUGCAGAUGUGUGCACUACAACGUAGAAAAAACCCUCAGCUAGCUUUCAUUCCACACACUUAAAAAUCAUGUGGCCACUUCCCUGCAAGAACUAGGAUUCCUGCUUGAGAAAAACCUCUGGAGAUGACAAAUAAAACUAGCAAGAGUCCUAUUUCUAGGCAUGAAAAAAUAAUUAAAUUUCUCCCCUUUUAAUCGAAAAUCUAAAAAGGAAUUCAGCUUUAAAUAAGACAUUCUGUACAAAGCUUGAGCACAAAAAGUGACCACCACCGUGUCAUUAUGUAAACACCACAAAUGUUACUCAUUUGUUCAGUAAUGCACAGAGCAGCGUGCAAGUUCCCUUUCCAGUGGAUUAGGUUUCUGUAGCUGUUCCCCUCCCUCCCCUCAGACCUUACUGGAAUACAGGAAACCCAGAAGCUCUGGAAUAUUUACAAAGCUACAGCAGUCAGGAUACAUUGGGACUAAAGGAUUAUUUUUUUUUUCUUUAGGGACCGGUCAUUUAAAUAUACAGAAGUACAAUAAUCUCGCAGGUAAAUGAAUGGCAGCUUGGAUUAGAAAAAGCACCAAAAUAUUUAAUAUACAUCUGGCACAAAUUCCACAAGAAGUCAGUAAUGGACAAACCAAUGCUUUGUUUAUAAGAAAAGAAAAACCUCAGACUGCACUUAAUGCUCUUCUUCCCGAAGGGACACAACAAAAACAUUGCACUCAGGAUUGCUAUCAAGUAAAGACAACUUUCUUAUUACAACCGAUUUGCAUUGUGCCUUAGAUUGCACAUUCUAUAGGACGCUGUUUCCAUUCUGUUCCAGACAACAAUGGUGAGCAAAGUUUGAUAAAAGUAAUUGUAAAACUACAAACCAAAUGGAACUCAGUAGAUGCAUCAUCUUGAACUUCCCCCACUUUUCCUCUCCAUCACUGUUCCAAAGUUGGACACAUCCCUUUAAAAAAGGAUCCUACAUGACACAGAAUAUACUCCAGCCAUUUUCAAGCAUUAUAUUUACACAGCACUUCCGAUACUGCUGUCCGAAAGAGGAAGCAUGGCCUGCUCCACAACACACAAUACAUUCAUCAUUUCCCAGAGCGAGAAAAUGGGAUCAUACAUGGUCCUCUCUUGGGUAAGUCUGAAAAGGCAAAACCCACUCCUGACACAAAGAAUGGCAGAUUUGAUCCUAUCCACCCUUGGUGGUUUACUGAGGAACUGAGAGCUCAAUCACCAGGUUGUACUCACAUGUGAU